CUUUUCCUAGUGACUAGUGAUUGCAGGAAGCCAAACUGUCACACACGGCCAAUAGAGUCGGACAGUAGCCACUCGGCCCUAGGAGUAAAUUUUAGAUUUUUUUUUGGCAGCGGUGCACAACUUUCUACUUUUUGCAAACGUGCUUCUCUCGUGACCUUUCGGAAUUUGUCGCAGUGCACUUGGAUUCAGUUGCAGUGACCUACAGCUUGCUGCGAUGAUUAUCACCAGGAAUUUGAGUGCGUGCUGUAUUUCUCCCGCUUGCUAACGAGGGAAGAACAGGAGAAAAUUGAAACAUGGCCAACCAAGUCAAGUGCAAAGCCAAGGUUCGGCGAAAGUAAAGCGGAAAUCGAGGAAUCAGCUGAUUUUGUCGUAGAAUAGAUUUUCCUGUCCAGAGAAAAGUGAUUUGAGUUCAAUAAUUAAAAUGGUAAUCCUGUUAUAAACCUGGCUCCAACCGUUGGAUCCAGAAUCAUUGAUUAGUGGUGAUUAUCCAAUCCCUAAGGUGAAAGAAGGUGAUUCCAUUUGAAUUGCCGUCAAUCCUUCGACACAGGUAGAAAAAUCAAUUUUUUAUGGUAAUUUUUUGCGCUAUCCGGUGGUGGGAAAAGUAGAAUCGAAGAAAUGUUGUGCACCGUGUUUGGAAUCGUGUUGGGAGUGCUGGUUGCCCUGUACGCCCUGUUUGAGUUGCAUUAUUUCCUGAGGAUGUGCCUUUGUGUGGUAGCGGCCCGGUAUAUCAAGAAGCGGAUGCAUAUUCUGGACACGGCCACUGUCACUGGACUCUGCCUCACCAACGAUAUCGACACGCUGCUUUAUCACAUGAACAAUGCUCGCUACCUUCGGGAGGUGGACUUCGCCCGGGUGGACUUUUACGAGCGUACGCUCCUCUACCGGACGAUCCGCAGCAAGGGAGGUUCCGUCGUCCAAGGAGCAACGACCAUUCGCUAUCGGAGAUUCAUUCGCCCCUUUACGCGGUUCAAAAUCAGUUCCAGGAUUGUUUAUUGGGAUAAUCAAUCAAUUUUUAUGGAGCAUCGAUUCAUCGGAGCAGGCGACGGGUUCAUCCAUUGCAUAGCGCUUUGUCGCCAGCGGGUCAUCGAAUGCUCUGCGGAGGAUGUCAUGGCGACACUGCUAAAAGGCAAUGCUACCGCGACCAGUUCGACGGAGUGCUUGGAUCGGUUGGAAAAUGGCGGUGGGGCAAUCAUAGUAGGCAACGGGGGCAGUGAGUACGUUAGUAGCAGCAAGUUGAAACCGGACAUGCCGCCGGAAGUUGCCAAAUGGUUGGAGUGGAACGAAAUUUCUAGCGCCAACCUGCGGAAUGAAUGCUGAGUUUUUGGGCCGGAGUGGCUAUUGUUAGAUGGUGACAUUUUCCUAAAAGGAAUUGUGGAUGUUUAUGUCUUGACGCUUUCCUUAG